AUGUACGGACUGCGCUCAGUCCGCAGACGUCAUGUAUUCCUCAUCUUCGCAACAAUCUUCCUCGUCAUUUUCCUGACCAACAACACAAAUGCAGUUCACCGACUCAGGCGGCUCGACAUCGAGUCGAUCGACUGGAGCAACUACGAAGAGGACAUCAUUUCCCACGUCAAAGAAGAGCUCAAUUCCAUCGUGGAAAAUCCCGAAGAUUUUUUAGAAUCAAAAAAAGACCGAAGAGAUAGAAGAGAAAAUUGA